CCUCUCUCACUCAUCGUCGAAGGCAACAUUAAAACCACUAACCACAACAAGUGUCUGCAAUUUCCAAAGGAAACAACCUCGCUCAGGAGGCGCCGCUACUUCCAUCUAAGCUUGCGUAGAAACCAACUUCAUCUUCUUGAACCAGAGAGAUGGCUGCUACCGCUGGAGCUGUCCUAAACGGACUGGGGUCUUCUUUCUUGUGCGGAGGGAAGAGGAACCAAGCCUUGCUGGGAAUUGGAGCUAGUAGAACUGGAAGUUUUCCAGUUGGUACAAGGAAGUUGGUGGUGGUAGCUGCUGCUCAACCAAAAAAGUCAUGGAUCCCUGCUGUUAAAGGUGGUGGCAACUUGGUUGACCCCGAGUGGCUCGAUGGCUCGCUCCCAGGUGACUACGGUUUCGACCCGCUAGGGCUAGGCAAGGACCCAGCAUUCCUCAAAUGGUACAGGGAAGCUGAACUCAUUCACGGUAGGUGGGCUAUGGCUGCCGUGCUGGGUAUCUUUGUUGGCCAAGCUUGGAGCGGCAUCCCCUGGUUCGAGGCUGGUGCUGACCCUGGUGCCAUUGCACCCUUCUCCUUCGGUUCCCUCCUCGGCACCCAACUCAUUCUCAUGGGUUGGGUGGAGAGCAAGCGGUGGGUGGAUUUCUUCAACCCCGAGUCCCAAUCGGUGGAAUGGGCGACACCAUGGUCGAAAACUGCUGAGAAUUUUGCCAACGCAACUGGUGACCAGGGGUACCCUGGCGGCAAGUUCUUUGACCCUUUGGGGUUUGCAGGGACUUUGAAGGAUGGUGUGUACAUUCCUGAUGUGGAGAAGCUUGAGAGACUCAAAGUAGCUGAGAUCAAGCAUGCCAGGCUUGCCAUGGUUGCUAUGUUGAUCUUUUACUUCGAGGCUGGUCAAGGCAAGACUCCUCUGGGUGCUCUUGGAUUGUAAAACCUUUACUUGAUGAUCAUUUUCUGUCAUUAAUGUAGAUACAAAUCUAAUUUUUCCUGCCGAUAAAGUCUAAUUUUUCCGAGCACAACUCACAGAAGUAUGAAACUGACACAAUAAAAUCCAUGCUUAUUUCUCA